AUGUCUUCCGAGGACAAGUACGAAACGCUGGAGAAGAUUGGCCAUGGCUCCUUUGGUAUUAUCCGCAAGGUCCGUCGCAGGACAGACGGCUUCAUCAUGUGCCGCAAAGAAAUCUCAUAUCUACGCAUGUCCCAGAAGGAGCGCGAACAACUUCACGCCGAGUUCCAGAUCCUAUCGCAUCUGCGCCACCCAAACAUUGUCGCCUAUUACCAUCGUGAACACCUCAAAGUUAGCCAGGACUUGCAUCUUUACAUGGAGUACUGCGGGAAUGGCGAUCUCGGCCGCGUUAUCAAGGACCUCGCGCUAAAGGGCCAGCGAGCUCAGGAAAGCUUCGUCUGGAGUAUCUUCAGUCAGCUCGUCAUGGCGCUUUACCGAUGUCACUACGGUGUUGAUCCUCCAGAGGUUGGCGCCAACGUGCUGGGGUUGACACAGGGAAACGCUGCUGGCGGACCCAAGGUUCCUGCUGGAACAAUGACUAUUCUACACCGAGAUUUGAAACCUGAGAAUGUCUUCCUUGGCGAGGACAACUCUGUCAAGCUUGGAGACUUCGGUCUAUCCAAGAUGAUCAAGUCCCACGACUUCGCCUCUACCUAUGUCGGUACCCCCUUCUACAUGUCUCCCGAGAUCUGUGCCGCAGAGAAGUACACACUAAAGUCAGAUAUCUGGUCUUUGGGCUGCAUCAUCUACGAGCUCUGCGCUCGCGAGCCACCCUUUAACGCAAAGACACAUUUCCAGCUUGUGCAGAAGAUUAAGGAGGGCAAGUUCCCUGCCUUGCCCGACGUUUAUUCUCCCGAGCUUUAUCAGGUUAUCAAGGACUGCCUCCGUGUGAACCCUGAUCGAAGACCUGAUACUUCUGAGCUCCUGAACCUGCCAGUGGUCAAGCUUAUGAGGAAGGAGAAGGAGGUUGUCGACCUGAACAAAUCUCUCCGCCUCAGAGAGGAUGCUUUACGUAAGAAGGAAAGGGACCUCAAUGAGAGACUUGCCAAUCUGGAGAGAGAGAAGGACGUUAUCCGAGACGAGCUGGACUCUUCGCUACGGAGAGAGUGGGAGGUUAAAGCGCGUCUCGAGAUUGACCGUCUUGCCAACGCAGAGAUCGAGCAGCUCCAAAGUCGCUUCGAAGCCGAGGUUCAGGCACGCGUCGAAGCUGAACUGCAAAAGAAAGCAGUAACAUUUUCCGGCUCAAGACCUGAGAGUCGAGAGGAUGAGUAUGCCUCAUCGAUGGGCAAGUCGGAUUACAAGUCUGACUAUCCCCACUCUUCCAUUGGUGGCAGCGAGGUUGAGUUCCCCUCGACAACAGAUCUCACUGAGUACUCCAUCGAUAGCCCCGAGGCGCCUCGAGAGACUAAGAAGACAGCUCGCACGCCUUUCAGCCGUGCGCAGACCAUGUUCGUCGGUAACCCCGCUGGUACACCAAUGGAUAUCGAGAUGAACUCACCCAGCCCCAUCGCUAUCGCGUCGCUAUCUCUUUCUCCUCGUCGCAAUGGCAACACCAAGGCUCCUACCACUGCCAACGCAAACAUCUUUACCGCCAACGCCAAUCGAAACUCUGCCGAUUCCCGAUGGGAUCAUCCUCGUGAUACCUUGUCUGAUUCUGAAGAUGAAGACGUUGUCCCAUCGCCGACACGAAACAUCAAAUCUUCGAAGAAUCCCUUCACCUCCAAGACACGACCUGUCCUCACUUCUCAGAAGUCGUGCCCCAUGAACCGCCUCAAGACCCAACCAUCAACCUCGGGCUUCGUGUCUAAGCAGAUGCCUCCACCUGAGGCUCCGAGGUCGCCCACUCGCCGUCUCAGCAAGAUUCCCUCAGCAGCAAACCUCCAGUCCGAGGCCAACAGCCAGGGCUUGACGCGCGCCUCAUCACUCAAUAACAAGAAGAACAGCAGCAGCACCGAUGAUGUUUUGGGCAAGGUUGCUGCUAAGAAUAACAUUCGAGGCCGAACCCUCGUCGAGCUUCAGCAGGCUCGCGCAGGCGGUCGUCCCAUGAGCGCCAUCGUGAUGCCCAGCACAGGGGAGAACGUCAGCCCCAAGAGGGCAUUCCGAGACCGCAUCGGAAUCGAGCGCAAGUCAAGUGGUGACGAGCCCGUCGCUGUCUGGGAUCCGGAACGAGACGAAAUGCCUAGUCCUUUCCUGGUCCGACAGCGACGGAUCGCCCGGGUGUAG